AUGAUGGACAAUAAGAGAAAACUAUCAGGCUGUAAGUGCGUUCAGCAAAAAUUGCACAAGCAGCAACGAAGGAAAGAUCAAUGCAAAAGGAAGAGGCAAACAUUUGUAUAUAAUCCAGAAGAGGAACUGUGGCAUGAACCAUAUUUGAGAGAAUUACGGAAAGAGUUUUCAGAUGUAUCUGUACUGUGUGAUUCGAAGAUUGAACUGCCAUGGAAGGAUAUUGCAUUACCAGCAGCCGGCAUGAAAAUUCGUCAAGAAGUUUCUUUAACUCCUCUAAACGAUCGUGAUGGACAAAUGGAUGACACAGGUGUCGACAAAGAACCAGAGGAAAAGGAAUCUCUGGGAACUAUGCUUCUACCGUGGAAAGAUUUGAUUAUUAUGGAAACUGUUCCAUCGAAACAAGCUAGUCCUGAUAGUUGCGAUUCUACAUUAGAAAUUCCAUGGAGUGAUCUUGUACUCGAAAAGCCAAUAAACAUACAACCAGUACAGGAAGAAGCUUGCGUUACUGACGAUGUCGAGAUUCCAUGGAAUGACAUUUUAAUACCGCGAAAUAUAGUUAUCGAAUCACAAAAAAAGAAACAUCCAUCUUCCAAGUAUCCACCUCGCUUGGCAGCAAGCACGAAGGGUGUUAAAUGUGGUUGUGUCAGUGUUGGAUGCAGAAUGAACUUUACGAAGGUCGAGUUGCGAUCCAAAUGGAUUGCUUUUGAUGGCGCUGGUGGAACGAAACAUUGGGCCGCCAUGAUUAUUAUUCGCUUAAUGUUCGUGAUUGGCGGCAGUCGGCACUUGCCAGUGAACGCGAAAGGUGGUUUUGUGUUAUGGUUGAGUCGAAAACUGCACAUGAAAAUGGCGUAG